AUGGAGCGGGCAAUGUGCCGCGCCGCCUCGACUUACAAGGCUCUCAUUCCACCAUUGCUGUCUAAAGCCUACAGCACACGACCAGCCGCAAAGCCAUGGAAACCAUCAGCCUUCAGGCAGGCAAACCUGCCCAUAGCACUCAGCUGGGAUCCAAGCCAACCAGUCAAAGAUUUCGCCGCGGCACACAAGAUCGAAUCUAGCGAGGCCGUGAAGACCAUCCCUAAGCAAACCAGACUCACCAUCCUGCGUGUUCAAGCUUGCCGAAGGCAUGCUUUUGACCAUCAGCAUGAACCAUACCUGCAGCCCCAAGAACAUCCUCUGACCAAGAAGAUCCUCUGGCGCUGUUAUGAGUGGAAGCUCAAUAGGCCUCUCUGGCUUUACGCAACAGCAACGACUAAUGAUGGUAGUACUGUGGUGAUGCGCCGCCAGGCCGAGUGCAGGACACUGGCCGCCAUCAAGGCUGUUAUCAAAGCCAAUGGCUUUGAUUCAGAUGGGACAGCGCUGGACGGGAGCGGCAGAGUUCUCUACGGUACCAUAAAUCUGGUAAUAUGGUCACCAAAGACACUACUGAACUUCGAAUGGAACGACUUGGUCGAGUAUCUGGCCGGGUUGGUCAAGACUCAGAUUCUGCCAAGCUAUGUCAAGAUGCCUGGAUACCCGCGCAUGGGUUCUCAAAGGCCCAGGGGUAGAAAGCCAGAGGGAUUCACCAUCGUGUAG